AUGAGUGUAAGAAUUCACGUGCAGUAUCCGGCAGUACCUUUGACGGUUUCUGCCAGUUCUUCCACUUCAGUUUCCCUUCAAAUUGGUCCGUAUGAGGGUGUUAGCCCAUUAACUCUGGAAGUCAUAGCUUCAGUGGGUGUACCUGUAUUUACGUUAGAUGAUGAAGUAUACGUAUUGAUAAAGCAUUUGGCGGCAGUAUGGAGCUUCCCCUCAUCGUACCAAUUGAUCGGGAAGUUAUUGAAACAAUCCGGUAUACCCAAACUGGACCUUGUGUAUGUAUCUACUCCUGCUUUGAACACUCAAUUCGUUGAGUACAAGCUUAUCGACCCCGCUGAAGCCAAAUUCAACUUGUUCUAUACCAAAUUGGCCACGGUGUACUCGCUUAUUCAAAACAAGGAAGUUUUUACCAAUUCGAAUCCUCAAUCGGUCUCUCAAGAGUCGGCUGUAGUACCUGUGCUGGCUAUACAGAACCAGAACCAGAACCGUAUUGAAAAGGAUCAGGAUGAUGAUGACGAUGAUGAAGAUGAUGAAGACGACGAUGACGAUGAAGAUGACGAAGAUGACGAUGACGAUGAUGAAGAAGAUGACGAUGACGAUGAUGAUGAUGAGAUUGUAGUUAAGAAGAGAAAACAUCAUCACCACAACAAUGGAUAUGAAAAAAUCACUGUGAGUCAGGCAUUUCCUCAGUAUGGACUUGUUAGUUCUACCAUACAACUUAAUCCAUCUGCGUUCAAUUCCUUAAAUCCUAUAACAAAACUAAACUACUACAGACUAUUGUCUUCACCAUAUAAGUUUCUUCCUAAUUCCAAAUUAUCAUUUGCAGAACGAGAAUUGGUAUUUAGAGAUCAUAAUUUUUCCGAUAUCUUUGGUGAAGGUAGUAGUACAAAUAAAUCUGAACUUAAGGGUCAAGAAGGUGAAAAGAAACGAUUUAGAAAACCUAUUGGGAAAUCAAAAAAGCAUAAUAUUAAUAUAGAUCCUAAUACUAUUGAUUUAUCUGAAUCAGUAAUUCCUGGUCAAGGGUAUAUACCUGAAUUUAAUAUUAAUCAUUUAUGUAAAGUACCCAAUUAUUAUGUAACAUCAAAUCAACAAUAUAUUAGUGCAGCUGCUGCUUCAACUCAAUCAUUAUUUAAUCUUAAUCGAAUUAAUGCAACAUCCAAUUCAUCAUUUCUUUUUAAUGAAAGUUAUAAGAUGUCUAAAAAGGUUAAACAAUUAAUAUUUAAUGGAGAUAAUGAUUAUCAUCAUACAAAAUAUUAUUAUACUAAAAGUUAUCGAGGUCCAGGAUCUGGUAAUUAUAAAGAUGCUGCUUUAAUGAAUCGUAUUAAUAAGAUUCAUGUGAUUAGUAAUAAUAAUAUUAAACAUCCUCAUAAGAAGUCUACUUAUAAGAAACAUGAAAAGAGAUUUAAUCAAAGUUUAAAGGGGUUACUCUUUGAAAAAUAUAAUCGUGAAUAUGUAGAUUCAGUAUUAUCAAAACAAAGAAAGUAUACUGAAGAUUAUGUGAAUUUAGAGAUGUUACAUAAUAAUUUACAAUUCAAUUUAUUAAUUAAUAGUUAUCGAGAAAUUAGUGAAGAAACAUGGGAAAAUUACUAUAAAUUUAAGUUAACAGACUUUGAACAAUUAAAGGCACUUCAAGAGGAAAAGAAAGAAAUAGAAAUUAAAAAGGAAGAGUUUGAAAAUCGAAAGAAAUGGCAAGAAAAUGAAGCUAAACGUCAAGAAGAUGUAAGGAAAUUAAUUGAACAAUAUAACUAUGAUCGAGAACAACUUCGAAAUGAAAAGAUUCAAAGACAGAAGGAUUAUGAGGAAAAGAAAAGACAGAAUGAAUUAGAAUCUACAUUUAAUGAUCCAUUUGGUGAUGGAUCAUCAACUUCUAUUGAUCCUCCAACCUUUGAAGAUAUAAUUAAACGAGAAAUUGAAUUAACUAAGAAGUUUGAAACUGAUCAAGAAAGUUUGAAACCUGUACCUCCACCUAUGCCUGUAGAAACUCCUCAACUUGAUGUAAUUUCUCGAUUCACAUCACCUUUAUUCCAUCCUGAAAUCGUAUCUAAUUUACCAUUGGAGUUAAGAUCUAAUGUUCAAACUGAUCAAGACGAUAUACCACCAAUUAAGAAACCUAUACGGUAUGUUAGUACUUAUCCCGAUAAGAAUAAUCCAGAAUUAUUGAAUCGAGUAGAGAUUGUAAAGAUCCCUAAUCCUAAUAGUAUUGGCUGGGACAAUUUGAAGAAGUAUAAGCGUGAUUAGAACAUAACAUGUAGUAUUAAAAAGUAGAUAUACUAUGUAUAUAAUAUAUAUAUGUAACAUAUAAUUGGACU